AUGUCGUCUUCCUCCACUGCAGCUGGUGCAGCUGGCGCUGCCGCCUCGACGCCAGUGAUUGCGAGCGACAAGCGGCCCAUUGUGCUCAGUGGACCCUCUGGCGUCGGAAAGAGCACGCUGCUCAAGAAGCUCUUCGAGGAGUUUCCGCACGAUUUCGGGUUCAGCGUUAGCCACACAACAAGGGCGCCGAGGGAGGGCGAGGUGCGCGGCCAGUCGUACCACUACGUUACGCCCGACGAGUUCGAGUCGCUCGUCCGCUCCGGCGCCUUUCUCGAGCACGCCCAGUUUGGCGGGAACCGCUACGGCACCACGGCCAAGGCCGUCGCCGACGUCUCGACCGAGGGCGUCCAGGGCCGCGACGGCAGCUCGAAUGCGCGUAGGGCCGUGCUCGACAUCGAUGCCCAGGGCGUACAACUGAUCAAAGCCAACCACGCAAGCCUGCGACCCAUCUACAUUUUCGUGUCGCCGCCGUCGUUUUCGACGCUGCGGCAGCGGCUGACGUCGCGGGGCACCGAGAGCGACGAGAGCAUCGCCAAGCGGCUGGGCAUGGCCGCGUCCGAGCUCGCCUACGCCCGCCAGGCCGGGUCGCACGACUGGAUCAUUGUCAACGACGACCUCGAACGCGCCUACCAGCUCCUCAAGUCGGCCAUCUUUGAGACGCUACAGCCCGGUCAGGACGACCGGAUGCCCCCGCCAGAGCAGGAGGAAAACGAGUGGGCGGCCAAGAGAGCCUAG